UCAUUGGUAUAUAAGGGGGAUAACUCUAUGAACAUUUCCGGUAGUAAAGCGCACAUGUGUUGAGAAUUGAUGAUGGUUGGUUUUACACUGGCAUCAUUUUGAGAGUGAUAACGAUUAUCUUCACUUCCUCGACUUAAUCAGCACGAACAUGAGUAUAAUACCAUGUCUGACGUGGGUAAGGCGAGGUGUCGCUAAAAGUAGCCCCGAGAAAGUUAAAUUGGAAAAAGAAGACCUGAGGAGAAUCAUAGAAGAAACCAGAGAAGAACUUGAGGAAGAUGAACCAUCGGACACGUCAGAAGAGGAGGAGGAGAAAGAGGAGACUAAAGGAGCUUCCGGGGGGAAGAUGCAGAAGAAGGUUGAAAAAAUAGAUAAAAAAAAGAGGAAGCACGAAGACAAUGGAACCACAGAGGGUGAUGAUAUAGUGGACAAAUAUGGAUUAGAUGAUUAUGAUGAUGACAAUAAUGAAGAUGAACGUAACCCCCUUAAAGGACUUGGUAACUUGGUAUACUACACAAGCAACGACGACGACCCUUACAUCACGCUUAAAGAUGAGAAGGAUAGUGAUGAUGAAGAGUACGAGAUUAAAAACACAGACAAUAUGGUGGUGGUUGGCAAGGCAACAGAAGAAUGCUGUAGUCUGGAUGUCUAUAUUUAUAACGAGGAGUAUGGUAACCUAUAUAUUCACCAUGACGUCAUCCUGUCUACCUUUCCCCUGUGUGUGGAGUGGCUGAACUAUGAUGUGUGUGAUCAAGACACAGGUAACUUUGUUGCUGUGGGAACCAUGGACCCUGUAAUAGAGAUCUGGGACCUGGAUGUAGUUGACUCACUAGAGCCAGUUGCUAUGCUGGGUAACAAACCUACAAAGAAUAAGAAGAAAAAGAAAAUGAAAGGAAUAUCUGGCCACACAGACUCUGUCCUGGACUUAUCCUGGAACUCCAGUGUCAGAAACGUACUGGCUAGUGCAUCUGCAGACUCUACUCUAGGACUAUGGGACUUGGACGAGGGCAAAAUGGUGACAUCUAUAACACAACACAAAGAUAAGGUACAGAGUGUAAAAUGGCAUCCAGUUGAAUCCCAAUCCCUGCUGUCCGGGUCGUUUGACAACACUGUGAAGGUGUUCGACUGUCGGAGUCCUAAUGACACAUUUAAAAGCUGGACCCUGGAAGGUGAAAUAGAGAGAGUCAUCUGGGACACUUAUUCGCCUCUGAACUUCUUUGCCAGUACAGAUACCGGGAGAGUGUACUACCUGGAUUCGCGGACAGAUAAACCUCUGUACACUCUGUCUGCCCACAACAAGGCUGUCACAGGACUGGCGCUGAGCAGUAGUGUCAGGGGCCUACUGUCCACAGUUUCUGCCGACCAAACCCUCAAGGUGUGGGAUGUCGUUGACAAUAAGCCAUCUCUAAUUCUAGAGAAAAACCUCAAGCUGAACGAGUUGCAUUGCUUGGGAGCUUGUCCGGAGGCUCCGUUUGUAUUUGCUGUUGGAGGAGAGAAGGAACUUAGGGUUUGGGACAUUAGAAGCAGUGCUCCAGUACGUAAGCACUUUUAUGAUCGAGCUCCCUCCGGUGUCACAAUGGAGGAUCUUGAUGAUGAAGGGGAGACAACAGCAGCAUUUGAAACCUUGGAUCUAGAUAAAGAUUCUGAUGCAGAAGAAAUGGAGGAACUUAUUGCAGGAUUUUCUGGAGCCCCCCAAACCACAGAAAUGACAGCAUCUGGUUCUUCUAAAAAGAAAAAGAAGAAGAAGAAAAAGCCUAAACAUAAACCAUCUUAAGAAUCCUUGUUAAUUAAUGAUGUGUAGCUUAUAAAAUGAAACUUUAAUAUUGAA